AACGCGAAUUGACGAUAACGAGAGAGGAAGGGACGACGGAGAGAGUGCGGCAGCGGGCGGAGGAUCAGCGACACCGGUACCGAGUGCUGGAUCGGCAAUAUAUCUGGGUCUCCUACUCUUUGUUUCUCUGUUGCUGGCAAAACAAAUCGAAAGGGGAAAGGAAAGAUUUCCACAAGGAAAAGUUCCCAACCCUCCUCCCCCCCAAAAAAACAACUUUUUUUUUCCUUUUUUUCUGGGUCGGAAAUUUUUUACUCGCUAUUUUUUAGUUAUGAGUCAUGUGGCCAUCGGAAAUGUACUGGAUCUAGAUCAGCAGCUUGCUGGCCUAGACUUGACGUCAUCAGCAGGUGAUGCCCAGAGUGCUGGUGGGGCAGGCAAAGGGCGUUAUAUUCCUCCUCACCUAAGAAAUAAAGAGGCAUCCAAGAAUGCUUAUAAUCCACUUGGAACAAAUCGCUCUAUUAAUUUUCCAAUGUUGAGGAUUUCUUUCCCAAGAAGUCCCUGGCAAGAGGUGGACAUACAUCAGAACUGCAAUGAUGUCUGGCUGGACCGAUCUGGCUUUGGCUAUGAUAAAGACGGAGGAUGGAGUAACAAGGAAGUCAGGGAUCCAUACAGCAGUUUUGGAUCGCGUGCUGAUCGGGGAAAAUCUAGCUUCUUCAAUGAUCGAGGAAGAGGAAGGUAUGAGGACCGUGGCAGAGGAAAUGCUAGUGAUAGUGCUUAUGAUCACUUUGGAAGCCGCAAUGACCGUGGAGGAUAUGGCAGAAUGGAUCGUGGCGGAUUUGGAUCACGUGAAGGUGGUGGAAAUAGCCGUUGGGUAGAAGACAAACGGGAUGAUGAUGAUUGGUCCAAACAGCUCCCACCAAAUGAACGUAUGGAACAGGAGUUGUUUUCUGCAAGCAACACGGGAAUCAACUUUGAGAAGUAUGAUGACAUUCCUGUUGAAGCAACUGGUGCAAACUCUCCUCCUCAUAUUGAAACUUUCCAGGAUGUAAACAUGGGAGAAAUAAUAAUGGGUAACAUUGAGUUGAGUCGCUAUGAUCGUCCAACCCCUGUGCAGAAACAUGCGAUCCCCAUCAUUAUAUCGAAGAGGGAUUUGAUGGCAUGUGCUCAAACAGGCUCUGGAAAAACUGCAGCAUUUUUGCUUCCCAUUCUUAGCCAGAUCUAUGCAGAAGGCCCUGGUGAAGCCUUAAAGAAUGCAAAAGCGCAAGAUUCCUCUAAAUAUGGUCGUCGUAAGCAAUAUCCAAUUGCUUUGGUUUUAGCACCUACCAGAGAACUUGCAGUACAGAUAUAUGAUGAAUCCAGGAAGUUUGCAUAUCGUUCUAAAGUUCGCCCUUCUGUCGUUUAUGGAGGAGCCGACAUUGGACAACAGAUCAGAGAUUUGGAACGUGGAUGUCAUCUUCUUGUAGCCACUCCUGGACGUUUAGUUGAUAUGAUUGAGAGAGGAAAGGUUGGAUUAGACUAUUGCAAAUAUCUGGUGCUGGAUGAGGCUGACAGGAUGCUUGACAUGGGAUUUGAACCACAGAUUCGCCGUAUUGUUGAGCAGGAUGCAAUGCCACCAAAAGAUGUGCGGCAAACUCUAAUGUUCAGUGCAACAUUUCCAAAAGAGAUACAGAUACUUGCUCGUGACUUUCUUGAUGAAUACAUAUUCUUGGCAGUUGGUCGUGUGGGUUCCACAUCUGAAAACAUAACUCAGAAAGUGGUGUGGGUGGAGGAACAAGACAAGCGCUCAUUCCUGUUGGACCUCUUGAAUGCCACAGGGAAAGACUCUCUCACACUGGUCUUUGUGGAGACUAAGAAGGGUGCCGAUUCAUUGGAGGAUUUCCUUUACCGUGAAGGUUAUGCUUGUACAAGUAUCCAUGGUGACCGCUCUCAGAGAGAUAGAGAAGAGGCUCUACAUCAGUUCCGCUCUGGAAGAUGCCCAAUCCUGGUUGCCACUGCGGUUGCAGCCCGUGGACUUGACAUUUCUAACGUCAAACAUGUUAUAAAUUUUGACCUACCUAGUGACAUUGAGGAGUAUGUACAUCGCAUUGGGCGAACUGGUCGUGUUGGCAACCUUGGUCUUGCCACUUCAUUCUUUAAUGAGAAGAACAGCAAUAUUACUAAAGAUCUUUUGGAUCUGCUUGUGGAAGCUAAGCAAGAAGUACCAUCCUGGCUAGAAAACCUGGCGUAUGAGCAGCAGCAUAGGAGCACUGGUCGUGGACGAUCAAAGAGUCGGUUUGGAGCAGGAUUUGGUGCCAGAGAUUACAGGCAGACCAACAGCAGCUUCAAUACUCGUGGAAACCGCAGCACUGGCCACAGUGGACCCAGAGGAUAUGGAGGAGGUGGAUAUGGAAACUAUUACAAUGCUGAUGGAUAUGGUGGAGCUUACAACUCCCAGGUGGAUUGGUGGGGAAACUGAAGAAUAUAUUGCAGUGGAUGCCACCUUGCCAAACAAGCUAAAUGGAAACCACAUGUAACUGAGCCAGACUAUACCUUGUGUAGCUUCAAGAACUCACAGUACAUUACCAGCUGUGAUUCUCUGGAUUUUUUAAAGGGAGCUCAAAUGCAAAGAGAAAGCAGUAGCAGAGGAACACAAACCCUAGACCAUGGAGAAAAUGUGGCCAUAAACAGCACUAGAAUAUUGGCUAUAGAUGUUUAAACUGUGUGCUGUGUUUAAGUUUAUUUCUCUGUAACUGAGGAUCAUUUGUAUGUUAAUGUACUGUGCCUUUAUAGAGGAACUUUUAUUUUUGAUGUCCUACUGGUUCAUUGGGCCUGAGUUCUCACAAUCAUUCUCUAGCACAAUCUGAGAGAGACUUGGGCAAAACAAACCUUGGCAGAAGCAGGGUGAAAUGGCUUUGAGUCAUUUACCCAGUUGCACUUAACAUUGUUACAAGGCUGAAAAUAAGCAGCAACCUCCAUUACGGCCUUGACAUGCGUGACCUGUAAAGACAACUUGGGGCAUUUGCAGCAUUCUGAUCCCUAAUGUAGGGAACCAAUGUUGCUCACUCUAUCCUGGAUAGAUACCUGUUGGGGGACAUGGUAGUUUUACAAGCCAUUCCAACAAUGUGUACAGUGUCAAGUUUUAAUACACUGCUGUUUCAGAUUACACCUAAGCAAAUGCAAAAGUUCAGAAAACUUGACAUCUAGUAACUUGACAACAUUUAAAGGCAGCUAGUUAACUAAUUCAGGCUUGCCUGGAGUGGGCAGAAAGUAGCUAGGAAUGUAUUUUUUUAGGGGAUUUUGAAAACUUGAAGUUUUUAGAUAUGGAUGAAAAUCCCAUCCAUUAGAAAUCUUAAAAUGCCUGCCGUAUAUAAAAGGAAAUUGAAAUUUCAGAAUGGCUAAAUGGACCAUUGCACCGAGCAACUGUAGAGGCAGACUCGGCUGAUUUUGGUCUGAUACGCAUGCUAGUGUUGUUUUUUGGUCAAGGGGAACGAACAGAAAGAUCUCUGCAGCAGGCUUCUUUACUGAAAAAAAAUUACAUUUGUGUAUAUUCAAGCUGCGUUACAAAGUUCAGAAAAGCCGCAUUUAACUGUUUACUGUAGAUUCUGUAAAGUUGCUCCACUAGGGUCUGAAGUUUGAUGCUUGGAGAUCACAGAGAAUGGAAAUGUACACAUUACUGCACAAGGUGCCAACGCUGGCAAUCGAUCGCAUAUCCGCUACAGCAUAGUGGAGUGGGUUUCCUUUUGCACUGUCCAUUAUGUGGACGAAUUGUCAGUUUAAUCCGCUAAAUCUGGCCAAAGAUAAGUUUUCCCACCUGUUGUUUAAAUGUUGAGCUGCACAAUGUUGCAGUCAGGUGAGUUGACUUCAAACUGCCAAGAUAGGGUAGUUUUUUUCUUAGCUUAAGUGGCCAGGCUGCCAGUAUAAAAACUACUGGAAAUCUUAGGUGGUGGAGAAUGAACUGAAAAGUAGCAAAAGAACUUAUCAAGUGCAAUACAUCUAAGUGUGUUGUGCCUUCUUGUACUGAAAUUCUCAUCAAUGGAAAGUAGAUGCACUGACAGUAUUGAGCUAAUCUCUUGUGAUGAAUGGUGCUAUACAGGUAGGUUUAGGCCCUUAUACAUUGUGCCCAUCAGGUUUUAUAUAAGAGAUCUAAAUACCUUUAACAAAUUUAUUUUAAUGCACAUUCAAAGAAUAUUUUAUAUACAGAUGUCUUGUCUUGCAUGCAUUUUCUUGAACCUCCAAGUCUUUUUUUGCAGUGAUUGUCAAACGCAGCUUAGUUAGAAGGGGAGGGGGUGGGAAAGAGGCUAGAUACCAAACCAGGACUAUUUUGGGACCAUGGGGGUCUAACAGUUGGGAAUUAACUAUUUGCACACAACAGAUCUAGGUAUUUUUGCUGCUAGUUUUGUGUAAUAUUUAUUCAUUUGACAAAUAUUUAAUUUUUGUGUUUUUGUUUUGUAAGCCUAAAAGUGAUUCUUUGAAAGUUCAUAGAAAACCCGAAAAAGUAACUUGACCAAAAGACAGUCCAAAAACACUGGCACUUGAAUGUUGAAUGUCAACGUAUGCGUGAAUAUAUAUAUACAUAUAUUUCGGGGUAGCGUGAGCUCUUAUUGUUAAGGUCAUAUUGGACCCAGAGUCAGAAACUGAACCACAACCCACCGUCGGCCUUGAUUGCCGCUAAUUCCCAUUGUCCUAUCAAAUUCAUUCAUGUGGGUAAUUUGAUCAAAACUGAAAUAAAAUAUGCCAAGGUUUGGACAGAGUUUCUUAAAAUUCUAGAGGAAAAUGUUUAGAAAAUGGCAAAAUGUUGAGGUACUCCAAUUUGUUUUUUAUGUUAGUGAAUGUCUGGCAAAGAGCAAAUUUAAUACAUGUGGUUAUCAAUUUAUUGUUGCAUUUAGUUGCAUUUGUGUAUUAAGUGACUUGGGUAUUCAACUUGACACUUCUAAGCAAGUGGUAGUUUUUAGACCUAACAUUCAUAAAUUGUAGAAAUGCUCUUCAUACUGUAACUUCCAACAACAUAACUAUUGCAGUGCAUGAAUGUGUCCAGUCUUGCUCAGUGCAUUGAAUACCUUUUAGUCACUGUAGAUCUAGAAUUUGCUUUCACUAGUUUAGAUGCUAUGCUCUACAUUGCACAAGAAGACUCAGCUGUGCAUUACUUGUAUGAUUUUAUCAAUAAAAGUUUUGAGCUGCAUCAA